GUCCGUCCACACAUAACCUCUUGUACUAGAUUAAAGAUCAUUAAUUGUGUAAUAAAAGUGAAAAAGAAGUUUUUUUUUCCAUAAACGUGUAUUAAAUCGCAUACAAAUAUGGGAAAAGUUCGGUCGACUCCGGGUGCUCCCCGGAAACAAGGGUUUAAUAAGUCUGGGCAUUCAAUGAACCCUGAUCGACCCACAGAGGGUUUGAAAGGCGUAGGCAACCCUAGAUCAAAAGGAACAAUUAAGAGACUACAGAUGUACCGAAACUUUAAGGCAAAAAGGGAUAAAACCGGAAAAAUUCUAACGCCAGCACCCUUUCAAGGUUGGUUACCAUCAGGCACACAGGCACGCGUUGAACCAAACCAAAAAUGGUUUGGAAAUUCAAGAGUUAUAUCACAGAAUGCAUUGCAAAAAUUUCAAGAGGAGUUUGGAGCUGCUGUAAGAAAUCCAUAUCAAGUGAUCAUGAAACCAACGAAUUUGCCCAUAACAUUACUUAAUGAAAAAGCAAAAAAUGCAAGAGUUCACCUACUAGAUACUGAAGGUUUUGAUAGGACAUUUGGUCCUAAAAAGCAGAGAAAAAGAGUAAAUUUGAAAUUCAGCGAUCUAAAUGAUUUGCAUAAAGCGGUAGAAGAAAGCUCUGAGAAAUAUGAUGAAACUAAAGAUAUUGACAGAGUCCGUGAAGAUUCAGGUGUAAAAGAAGGACAAAGAGACUGGGUUUUUGGGGCUGGAAUGAGUAGGAGGAUAUGGAAUGAAUUAUACAAAGUAAUUGACUCAUCAGAUGUGUUAUUGCAAGUUCUUGAUGCAAGAGAUCCCAUUGGGACAAGAAGUCCUUAUGUUGAAAAAUUUUUGAGAGAAGAAAAACCCCAUAAACAUCUUAUAUUUAUCUUGAAUAAAGUUGAUUUGGUACCAAAUUGGGUGACACAGAGAUGGGUCGCAAUUCUCAGCGCUGAGUAUCCAACGAUAGCAUUUCAUGCUUCAUUAACACAUCCUUUUGGUAAAGGCUCACUUAUAAAUUUACUACGUCAAUUUGGAAAGUUGCACAUUGACAAGAAACAAAUAAGUGUAGGUUUUAUUGGUUAUCCAAAUGUAGGAAAAUCAUCUGUGAUUAAUACUUUAAGGUCUAAAAAAGUUUGUAAAGUAGCCCCAAUUGCUGGUGAAACAAAAGUUUGGCAGUAUAUCACCUUAAUGAAGAGAAUAUUCUUGAUUGAUUGUCCGGGUGUUGUUUAUCCAUCAGCUGAAACCGACACAGAGAAAGUAUUAAAAGGAGUAGUGAGGGUUGAGCUGGUACAAAAUCCUGAUGAUUAUAUUGAAGAAGUUAUUAAAAGAGUCAGAAAGGAGUACUUAGUGAAGACUUAUAAAGUAGAUGGAUGGGAAACAGCUACUGAAUUUUUGGAAAAACUUGCAGCAAGAACUGGAAAAUUGUUAAAAAAAGGUGAACCUGAUGUUAACCAAGUUGCAAGGAUGGUCCUUAAUGAUUGGCAGAGAGGUAAAUUGCCUUUCUAUGUAGCUCCAGAGGGAUUUGAAGUACCACUCUCUAAGCAAACACAAGAUGAAAAAACUGUUGAAGUUGCAAACGAAGAAGAAAAGAUAACAACUGAGACUAAAGCAGAAGAAAAUAAACCUGAAACUAAAACGGACGAUAGUGAUAAACCUAUUGUUCAUAUAAGUAAUUUGAUGAUUGCACAAGAUUUUGCUAAGAUAAGAGUUGGAUUAAAAUUUGACAACAAUGAAGACAUAAAACCUUUAGGUAAAAUAGUAAUAUCAGAAGACAUUAAAGUUAAAGAUGGUGAGAGUGUCCUAAAUUCAUCAGUAAUUGAAAGUGAUGAUGAAAUAGAAAAAAAUGAUGAUGAAGACGACUCUUCAGAUAUUAGUGAAUUCUAUAGUAAUGAUGAAAAAGAAACUUCUGAUGUGGAAGACCAUUUGACUAACGAUCCCGAAACAAUUAAAGAAAUGAAGAGAAAGAAAUUAGAAGCUGCCAGUGGAGCAUUUACUGUAGAAGAAGUAGCACAAAGUGGAAAGAAACACAAAAUUAACGAUCAGAGUAAUGAGUUUUCAAAUAAGAAAAUGACUGCAAAGAAACGUAGAGCCAUAGAAAGAGCUAACCGCCGCACUAAAACAGGAAGCAACUUCUAUGAAGUGUCUAAUAUGUCAUCAGGGAGUGAGAGCGACGAAGACUAUGUACCUGGAGAACCGGAAAAACUAUCUGAAGAGGAAUCUGCUGAUGAUGAAACUGAAAAACAAUACGAACAUGAAGUUGAAGGCAAAAUAAAAAAACGGAAAGCUACAGCUGAAAAAAUAAAUAAAGUAAAGAAGUCUAGAAAGAGCCAAAAUGAUACAAUAAUACAAGUUACAUCAGAAAAAGAUAAAACACCUGAACCAAUAGUUGACUCUGAACAAGAGAAAAAACGAGAAGAAGAUUUGUGGGCGAAGUUUCUUGAAGGAACCGAUUCAAAGCCUAAACCAGUUCUUAAAGAAAAAAGUGUUGAUUUAGUUACCAACCCAGAAAGGUCAAGCAAUAAUACGGUAAAUUAUAAGAAAACAAAUGAUGAUGAUGCCAAAGAAAAAGAAAGAAGGAUUUUUGAAUUUGCUGGUGAAAAAAUUGUAGUAGAAAAUAAUGUCAUAAAAGAGCGGUUGAAAGUUGACGAAACAUCUAUGGAAGCCAUUAAAUCCGAAGGUUCCCAAAAUCAAACAUCAGAUAUAACAGCUCAGUCAUCAAGUAGUGCAAAACCUGGUGGACUUUCUAAUGUUUUGGGUCAACUAAACAAGAAAAACAGAUUGUCUACUUUAGAAAAAUCUAAAUUAGAUUGGGUCACUUACAAGCACGAAGAAGGAAUUAACGAUGAAAUACAAAGUCACAACAAAGGCAAACAAGGAUUUUUAGAUCGUCGUGAUUUCCUAGAAAGAGCUGAUAUGAGGCAGUAUGAAAUCGAAAGAGAACUGAGGACAAGUCGCAGAAGCAAUCGUUAAAGUUUUCGUGCAACGUUUUCUGAAGCAAGUGAAUAAUAGGCAAGCGGACCUCAAUAACAUUAGAAAAUAAAAAA